UCCCCGCAGUCAGCUGAUGAGAGCCGUUUACCCGAAUCCCAAAGCGGAGCGUCUGGACAAAACACCGUCCUGCAGGCGGGCUACGACUCGGAGGCGCCUAUUGUCCUGCUGAAACCGACAAAAUGAAGCUCAUCUGUCUGCUGCUGUUGGCUUUUGCUGCAUGGACGUCCGACGCAAUUGUUCGGAUUCCGCUAAAGAAGUUUCGCUCCAUAAGGCGUUCCAUGUCAGACUCGGGGCGAGCUGUGGAGGAACUCUUGGCUGGCUCUCGGUUCACAAAGUACAAUCUGGGUUUCCCCUCCAGCAAUGGACCCACCCCUGAAACCCUUAAGAACUACCUGGAUGCUCAGUACUAUGGAGAAAUAGGUCUUGGCACUCCAGUCCAGUCCUUUACUGUGGUGUUUGACACUGGAUCCUCUAACCUGUGGGUGCCCUCUGUCCACUGCUCUCUCACUGACAUUGCUUGUUUGCUUCAUCACAAGUACAAUGGGGCCAAAUCGAGCACCUAUGUGAAGAAUGGCACUGCUUUUGCCAUUCAGUAUGGCAGUGGGAGUCUGUCUGGAUAUCUAAGCCAGGACACCUGCACGAUUGGUGAUAUUGCUGUCCAGAAGCAGAUAUUUGGAGAGGCCAUAAAACAGCCUGGAGUUGCCUUCAUUGCAGCAAAGUUUGACGGCAUUCUGGGUAUGGCCUACCCUCGUAUUGCUGUGGAUGGGGUUUCUCCUGUUUUUGACAUGAUGAUGAGCCAGAAGAAAGUAGAGAAGAAUGUGUUUUCUUUCUAUCUGAACAGGAACCCAGAUACUCAGCCUGGUGGUGAGCUACUCCUGGGUGGCACCGACCCCAAGUACUACACUGGAGACUUCCACUAUAUCAAUAUCAGCAGACAGGCAUACUGGCAGGUCCACAUGGAUGGUAUGAGCAUUGGCAGCCAGCUGACCCUUUGCAAAGGAGGCUGUGAGGCCAUUGUGGACACUGGAACGUCUCUGAUCACUGGACCCGCAGCUGAGAUCAAGGCCCUGCAGAAGGCCAUUGGAGCCAUCCCCCUCAUCCAGGGAGAGUAUAUGGUUGACUGUAAGAAGAUCCCUUCCCUUCCUGCUGUCUCCUUCACCUUGGGUGGACAGUCCUACACCCUUACUGGAGAACAAUACAUUCUCAAGGAGAGCCAGGCUGGUAAAGAAAUCUGCCUGAGUGGUUUCAUGGCUCUGGAUAUCCCCCCUCCAGCUGGGCCACUGUGGAUUCUGGGUGAUGUGUUCAUUGGACAGUACUACACAGAGUUUGACCGUGAGAACAACCGUGUGGGCUUCGCCAAGGCCAUAUAAGCCCAACCUACUGUAGGCUUUUCUUCAAAAGCAACGGGUAGGGGAGAAGUCAAAAUAAGAGUAGGAAAAGAACUCUCCACAUCAUAUCAGCUGCUUUAAUAAUACCUACAUAGCGAUAUGAUAGUGUUGUUUUGCACUGUGCUUUGUUAGCUUGUAAAAAAUACUCCGUUAUGGGCUUGAGAAGUCUAAGUGAAUCAGGGAAAGGUACUACAGAUACGCUAGGAGAAAUAGAGAUAUGUGAGAAAUGUGGUUUUACUGAGUUUUAAUGUUUUUACAAUUUCAUGUCAAUCAUUUUUAGCUAGUUUCAGUUUUACUGUUUGCCUUUUUUGAAAAUACCUCUUUGAUCGAACAAGUACAAUUGGAUGAAAUAAAUGUUUUAAAACCUGUGUUAAUAACCUAUAUUUACUUCCCCGUUGCCCGCUCAUUUAAUUUGCUUUCUUUGUUAUGGGUUGGGGGCGGUGCUUUACGUUUGGCUGAUGUGCAUAAUAAUUAUGAUCUUCUGAAAUGUUGAAAACCACAGCACUACACUGAUUAUUACUCUAAUUUAGACUUCCAUCCUGUCUAAUAAACAGCCAUGUACCAAUACCAUUAAACAGAUGACACAGUGA